AUGUCCAACAACGGUCAAGAAAAAGCCGCGAGGGCUGAAAUCAGGAGUUAUGACAAACGUUCGAACACAAUCACCUAUGAUCCCAGCAAUAGAAAAAAUCGUGGUUUAGAAAAGGCGACAAAUGAAUUAGAAAAAGUAAGACUAAAAUGUCAAUGGAGUUUUAGUAAUGCCGAUCUUUGGACCCUUGCGGGUGCGGUUUCCAUUGAAAUGUUGAGUGGCAGUCGCUUGAUUAUCCCAUGGGUGCCUGGCCGUAAGGAUGGAGGGAUAGAGGGUGAAGAACUUCUCCCUGGUUUAAAACCAAGUGAGAUACGUCGAGUAUUCAACCGCAUGGGAUUCGCGGAUCGUGAAAUCGUGGCCUUAAUGGGGGCUCAUACUGUUGGUCGCUGUCAUCUUGAGAAUUCGGGUAUAGAUGGCCAAUGGACGGUGAAAAAUAAUAUUUUCACCAACGAAUAUCUUGCUAGUCAGAAAAACCAGAGCGGCCAAAAUAUUAAGGACAACGAAGCCUACAGAGUUCCUGAAAUGUCAACAAUAAUGCUUUCCACUGACAUGGCGUUAUUUGAUGAUCCAGAAUUCAAAAAGAUAGUCGCUAUCUAUGCUAAUAAUCAAGAAAGAUUCUUUGCCGAUUUCAAAGAGGCUUUUGGAAAGUUGUUAAGUUUUGGUGUUAGUCAACAAGGGUCUGUCAUGCCUCAGGAGGGUGCGCAAUACAACAUAUUCGAAAUCAAUGAACUGUAUCCGCCAAGUUUGUCAACCGUACAAUUAACUUUUUCUGACAAGCUCCCUUACAUUUCAAGUCUCUCUUUCACCGGUAGUGGAAAGGAUGUUGUAGGUCCUUACACUAUCAAUAAUGGUUACUUUGAUCCAUCUUCAUCUUCAGGAACUAUCACUUUUACCAAGUCUUACACGAAUCGAGAUUUAACUUGGAUUUAUCGAGGUUGUUAUAACCAUGAACUAUUUUUCGGAAAAUGGGGUGACAACAAUCAACAUAGUUUUAUUAUUAGACGAGCCUCUGGUGUUGAGACGCGGUCACUUACAGGAAAUUGGGGCGGUUAUUACUUUUAUGAUGUGGGUUACAAUAAUGAUCGAAUGUCGAUUGAUUUGAGAUUUUGCGGGGGUGUGAACUCACUUUUGGAAAUAUUAUGGACAGAGGAAUGGAAGCGAGAUAUGGGGAAG